GGAGGGGUCCAAGUUGUAACUCAACUUUUACCCAAUGUUUUGUUCAUUUCCUCUCUGACACUUGUUCCAGACAAGUCCAGUUGCACCUCCGACUCAUAUUAGGUGGAUAAAACGGGAUUUGUAGACCUUUCCUCAGAGUGGAACUGUAUCAUUAUCUUGGCCCAGGGCCAUGAGUGGCCCCUUUAAGAGGCACUUCCACUCGUGGGCUCCAGGGGGCAGAACUUUGCCUUCAAUGUCGGCCCCCCCUUUUCUUGUUGCUGCAGAGGAUUCAGCAGGCAGCGCAUUAGCGAGGCUUUUUUAGUUGCAUCGGAUCGCCCAGGAUGUGGGGCGCGGAGUCCUGCUGCACUCGGAUCCGCGCUCAUGGAAGCGCGUACGGGGGAAGGCGAGCUGCGAAGAGGCCGCUUAGCGCUGCUCACUGCGGGCAGGGGGUGGAGGUAAUGAUGGCUUGAUUCGCUGCUUUGAGAAACGCUGCAUCCACCGUGAAUUCGCCCCCGCUUUCUGGGCGCUGGGAAGCUGGCUUCUCUUCACUCCGCCUGGGUCGUAGCAGCGAGUAGCGAGAAAGACUUGAAAACGCUUAUCAAGAUGGCAGCUGCAUUUGGAGAUAAUGUUACCAGCGGUCUGGAGUUGGUGGGUGAAUGUAUGUAGCGCCUGUGCGCUGUUGCUUUUGCAGUGCCUCAGCAGCAGCAGCAGCAGCUAGAGCAGGAGGUGAUCGUUGACCAUAUCAACUAGCCUCGCCUGUUCAAGAUCAGUCGUCGAUUCUCGGUGCUCCUGGCUAUUUUGCAUUUAGUUAGCUUGCUUUAAUGCGAGUCGCUCCCAGAAUGAAACCCAGUGCCAGCUAACAGCGCUCAGCAGCAGCAGUAGUACACGUGGAGAGCAGCAGGAGAGCAAAAAAUCACGUCCAGUACUUUUCGCGCAAGUUUGCAUGUAAAUCUGCGAGGAGCAGUCAACAUUACUGAGUGUGCGCGUUUUAAUUGGCCCAAGAGUCGAAUGAACAAAGUAAAGUUAAGCUGGGUCAGAAACGCUCACUGAGGAAUCCGUCCAUUAAUGGAAUGCGAGGCGACCCUGCAGCUGCUGCGUGAACCGUUUCGUCUCAAAGCCCAGCACACAAAGCCCCCGGAGAAACUGGAGGAAACAUGGCAGAGGAGAAGCCCGGAGCCGUGGACGUGGACAUAGACCCGGACUUCGAGCCCCAGAAGAGGCCGCGCUCUUGCACCUGGCCGCUGCCUCGACCCGAGUCCAGCGCGGGCAAAGCAGAGCCGAGCGAGGCGGACAUUAUCCCCGAGGAAGAGGAUGAUGAAGGUGCUCCGGACUGCCGUGUGGUCAGCAGCAGCGGCGGCGACAGCAGCACACAUGCAGUGGAGAUACCGAGCUACCCGCAGGGCGAGCAGAAAGCCAGCAGCGCUGCUGCUCCUGCACCACAAGCUAAUAACGCUGCUUCUGCCUCUGCUGCUGCUUCCUCUGACAGAGGCACUUUUGGCUCUCCAGUUAGUGCCCAGCCACUGGCCCCUGCAGGCAGCGACUCCAGCCUGAGCAGUCUUGGGCCUCAGCAGCCCAGAAAAUCAUCCGCCCGCAGAAACGCAUGGGGCAACUACUCUUAUGCAGAUCUCAUCACUCAAGCCAUCGAGAGCUCGCCUGAGAAAAGACUGACAUUGGCCCAGAUAUAUGACUGGAUGGUCAGAUCUGUGCCAUACUUCAAGGACAAAGGUGACAGCAACAGCUCUGCGGGUUGGAAGAACUCCAUCCGACAUAACUUGUCACUCCACAGUCGAUUUGUCAGGGUCCAAAAUGAAGGCACAGGGAAGAGCUCAUGGUGGAUGGUCAACCCAGAUGGCGGGAAGGGUGGCAAAGUCCCACGCAGACGCGCUGUUUCCAUGGACAAUAGCAACAAGCUCAUCAAGAGCGCCCGUGGCCGUGCCGCAAAGAAGAAAGCUGCUCUUCAGGCUGCUCAGGAUGGGAGUUCGGAGAGUUCCUCCAGCCUCUCCAAAUGGACUGGGAGUCCCACGUCGCGCAGCAGUGACGAGUUCGACACCUGGACAGACUUCCGCUCCCGUACUAACUCCAAUGCCAGCACCAUAAGUGGCCGACUGUCUCCAAUCCUGGCCAACCUGGAGGUGGACGAGGUUCCUGAUGAUGACUCGCCCCUCUCUCCCAUGUUAUACUCCAGUCCAAGCAGCAUGUCUCCUUCCACUGGUCUGACGGAGCUUCCCCGACUAGCUGAUCUUGCAGGUACCAUGAAUCUUAACGAUGGCCUCCCUGACAACCUAAUGGAUGACCUUCUUGACAACAUCAGUCUAACGGCUUCGCAGUCUCCAGGCCAAGAUGACAAUGGAGCCAGCCUACAAGGAAGCCCCGUGUUUACCUUCAGCUGCUCUGGCAGCAGUCUUGGGGUUCCCUCUGGCAGCUAUGGUCCAAACUCCAUGUUCAGCACGUCCUCCGUCUCGGGCCUUCGCCAGUCGCCCAUGCAAACCAUCCAGGAGAACAAGCAGGCCACUUUUCACUUCAGUAAGCAGAGCCUCCAGGAUCUGCUCAGCACUGAGCCACAUAGCCACAGUGAUGUCCUUCUCACCCAAUCUGACCCGUUGAUGUCACAAGCCAGUGCCUCCAUCUCCUCUCAGAGCUCCCGUCGCAGUGCCCUACAAGCUGGGCCUGGAGGGCAAGCUGGGCUCAAGAAGUCCUCGCUGUCUGGAUGGCGAGUGAACGGAGUCUUGGGGUCAACAAGUGAGUCAGACUACCAAAGCUUGAUCAAACAGCAUCUCCAACAGUCUCCCUCCAGGAGCACAUCUAUGCAGCUCAGCUCUUCUGAUUCCUUGUUGUCAGGUCUCAAUGGUAUUGUGCCCUGCAUUCAGUCCGCAUCUCAGGACCGAUUCUCCACUGACCUGGAUCUCGAAGCUUUCAGCAGUAGCCUAGAUUGUGACAUGGACACCGUCAUCCGGAAUGACCUGAUGGAUGCCGAAGGCUUGGAGUUCAGCUUUGAUUCUCAUCUCAUUUCCAGUCAGAAUGCGAACCUGAAUUCAGGGAGUCUCUCGAGUACCAAACAAACCUCUUCCCAAAGCUGGGUACCAGGCUGACCAGCUGAGCACCUGGAAUGUAGUUACAGGGCAGAACAAAGCUUUAAACACUGUCCUGUCCUUUCAAACACUGUCCUGUGCAAGGGACGUGUACAGUAAGCUGUAGAAAUGCUAUUUGAAAACUACUGGAAUGAGUUUUACUUACUUAUACAGUUGCUGUUGUGAUGGAUUUGUGGCCAUAUGUUGUGAAUCGUCAUGAUCUAGGCUUGAAUACAAUUGAAGUCUAGAAGUGCUUGCAUUGUGACUUUGUCAUCAAGGGCAAGGUUUACAGGGACCCAUCUGAAGAAGGACUGUGGUGCAGCUGGAAAGUUCUCUGAAGAUUUUAAUAAAGACAUUAGAAGCCUCCCUUCUUUCCUUAUUCAGAAAAAACAGGCCUAGAGAAGAAUAAAGAAGAACAAUGGUUAGGUUUAGAUGAUUAUUUGUAACCAUAGUUUAGGAGAUAUUCACAUUUCUCGUCAUUGACAUUGACAGAAACGUUGACGGAAACACUUGUCUUCUGCCAAACCGGUCAUCAUUUUGUAGAUUGAUGGCCUGUUUACAGCGUAACUCCCGAGAAUGUUACUGUCGUUGUCUUCAAUUAUUGUUUUUGUUGAGCCUUCAUAGUAAUUUGUAAACUAGAAAAAGGGAAGAACGGUAUUGUGUGCGUGAUGUAUCCUUGACUCCUUUCAAAGAAGAGUGAAAUAAGACCAGUUGAUGAGGUAUAUCAAUGUGAUGUAUAAAACACUCUGUUCUUUCUCUGGUGCACCGCAUUAACGUUCUUUUAAACACUCAAAAAGGUGCGUUUUGUUCAGCUCGAAGUACUUGAUCCUGUCCAUUUUUUCCAUCACCUCCAUUCUGACCUCACCUGAAUGACUGAUCAUUUUAAAGUAGUUUUUGUGAAGUGUAUGUUGUGUAUGUUUAGCAUAUUUAUUCCAGGUUAGAAAUUGUACAAAUACAGAUAAGGAUUUCAGAACACUGAUUUAAAGGCCACUACACAACUGUGUAUAGCUGAAAACCACCAUUUAUAAGCUUAUGAGGCUGCAAAGGCACAUUUUAGCCUUUUAUUUGUACAUAUCUGCACACUGGGUGGUGCUUUGAGAAAAGAGCAUCGUUUCUGCUCUAAUGGCAAUAUGCAGCAAGAAUUUUCACUACGCAGACCCAUUUUAGUAUUGUAGACAAGUUAGGAUGCUUACACGGACUGUAUUUUACCUACUCGAUUGUUGUUGAACAUGCAAAGCAACGAUUUAGUUCACCAACAGUGAGGCUACUGUUUGUUUGUUCAGUAAUAGUGCCAUUCAGGGACCCCUAUCACUUGUUAACAUGGCAGAUUUGCAGUCGUUAUUUUAUUAUGGUUGAAUGUAUAUUUGUUGAGUUCAGUUUCACACCCAAAACUCCAACAUGUAACAUCUCACGCACUGAUGUUCAGUCUUUUCAUGACUUGUAUUGAGUUAGAGUGGCGUUCAUUGUUUACAUAAUUCCACUGUGCUUUUACAACCAUACAGAGUAUUGUAAUUCACAAGAACUUGGGAUAAGUUGAAGAUUUUCAUUCACGGCCCUUUGGAAGAUGUGUCCUGAUUUCAUUUUAUGUUGUUAAUGCAUCAAGAGGAAAUUCAGACAAAUGCAAAUUAGAAAAGUGAAUUUUUAAUUUUUUUACAUAUCACAUACUCUAUAUGCCUCGCUGUAUUGAACCAAUUUACAGAUAGUUACACUUGGGUGUGUGAAAUAUCCCUGUGCAUUUCCAUUUUGAAUAAGUUAGGUAGUACAAGAAGGUAUGGUGCAUGUAAAUAAAGCUUUGUACAGCACUAUGAUUAUCUUGGGUCCUUUUUGUCUUUCGGUAACUGUGGAGUAUUAAAACAAGCUGGGGUUCUCCUGGAGGUGCAUAGCUCUGCACAGGCUGGCAUUUACCACGCUCUGAUGUACCUGAUUCAAUUCAUAAAAGGCUAUAGAAUUACCUAAUGACUUGAAUCAAGGAAAAUGCUCUACAGUGCAGUUUGAGAGCCCUGGUAAGAAUAUGAAAUGAAAUAUUUGAACAUUUAUCUUGUGUACACCGCCACAAUUGUACUUACACAUUUACUAGAUAUGUGUGUUGCAAAAAAUGUGUAUUAACAAGGUAGAUGCCAUUUAUUAGUCUUAUCAUGUGUAGGCGCAUCUGAGGAGUUGGGUGGUCUGUUGGAGGUUUUGCUGUGUUCCAGCUGUUGUUAUUCUGUGGAAAUG